AAACGUUGGGGUAAAACUGUCUAACGACAUCUCUGAAAUUGACAAAUGAAUAAAGUCAAUCUUGAGGUUACAAGAUCAGAAUUUAUACUCAUGAAGUGAAAAUAUAAGUCUUUUUUUCAAAUGCUGAAUUUCUGAUAUUUCACAGGUAAUAACAAAACAUAUUCCAUGUGUAUUACUUGUAUGUACAAGCGUGUCAAUGAAAAGUUAGAAACUAGCACUUCAGUCUAGUUUUGGAACGAUCUUAGCCUUAAUACAAUUACAUCUCUGCUGAAUCUAUAUAUAGUGUAUAUUUUGUGAAAGUCAUUGACACAUUUGGGUUUUUUUCAGGUCCAUCACCAGCCAAGCAACCAAGGUCAGGAGAUCAAGACCUGCAACAGUCUACAGAUCCGGCUGCCACGAUUGUUACAACAUCAGACACAAGCCGAGACAAAAAAAUCCAUCCUGACUUAGAACCCAUGAUAGAAACAGCCAAAGCCAGAAUUACAAAAGAAAAAGAAAAAAAAUUCUACCCCACCAAAAGUUUCUGUGAUGCUAAAGAAAAGCUCCUAAAGACCAAGGUUGUUGUCAUCAAGGGAAAUACAGGAGACGGUAAGACAGCAAUCGCCGUUCAACUCCUCCAUUGGCUGAGUGAGGAGCAGCAAGCCGGAAAACCCCUGCAAAUUCACAAGAUUAAGACAUUAGAUUUUUUGGCUCCAAACAUGAAAUUGAUCACUUUUAUUGAUGAUAUUUUUGGUGAGAAAGAUGCGAGUAAAAAGGAUGUACAAGAGUGGAACAAAAGAAUCUCAGAUGUAGAAACGCUAUUUGUAGAUAAACAAACCCAGACCAAUUUUCUCAUCAUUACUAUUCGUAAUGAAGUAUUCAAUUCUUUGGAAAAACGUUCUCUUGGAACAAUUUUAACCGAAGAUAACAUUAUUGAUCUGAGCUCACAUACAUACAAACUUGCAGAAGAAAAAAGAGAACUUUUAGAGCUGUAUAAGCCAAAAAACGUUUCAUGGACAGACAAAGAAAAAACACAAAUUUUAACUUAUGCACCAAACAUUGGAUUCCCGCAAUGUUGCCAGCUUUACUACAAUUCUGAAGAAUUACAGAAAGAGCGAGUGAGAUUUUUUGAAAAUCCUUUUCAUUUUUUAAAUGAAGCAUUGUCAAAAUUAAAAGAAUGUUCUGCACUUUUGUACCUCUUCCUCAAUGGCGGAAUGAUGAGAGUAAAAGAUCUUGAUCCAAACAGUAAAACCGUCGAUGAAAAAUUGCUGGAACAAGCAUUUUCAAUAGAGUUGAUUGANGUGAAGAUGACAGUACCAAAUUGA